CCCGCCCGCCCCUCGGAAGAGCCGGUGGCGUUUUGAACCCGGGCGCCCCCCGCGGCCACCUGCCCGUGUCGGGGGGGGUGAACCCCCAGGCGCCGGGGUCCCGCCUCGGGGUCCCCCUUCCGGCCAGGGCGGAGAUCAGCGGGAGUCCGGGGGCGCAUCGGGCGGGGCCCCGUGUAAACCCGCCCCCCCUUUACCCCAGUCGCGGUGCCAGCCAGGGAAGGAACCGGAGGGGGGGGGGCCCAGCUGCCCCAGCUGAAAUUGUGGGAACCCCCUUGUAUUUCUCCAGCGUCAGUCUCGCCUUCUGCCCCGGCCCCCACCCAGGAAGGGGGCCCCCCACCCAAGGCAGCCAGAGCCCCCACAUGUGGGCUAAGGAUGCGGUAGGACCCCCUAGUGUUUAACCCCCCAGGGCUGGUCUUCGUUUUUGGGGGGACACCUUCUAAGCUGGGACAGCCCCCCAAUCAGGCUCCAGGCCCCCCCCAAAUUCCCCCAGGAACAUGGAUCUCUUUAGGACCAAGGGGAACUCCAGACUAGGCAACUCCCCUGGGGUUAGUUCCUUGUUCUAGCUAUUCUGUUCCCCUGCCAAGUAAGGUGCCCUGGGCGGGGAGAAGAAGGGGGCCUGGAGGGGCUGUACCCAGAAUAUCCACUGGUGCACCCCCCUCCCCAGCAGACACACCAGCAGCGACAGGUGUCGGGGGCUCAUAGCUGGGUUGGGGGGACAAUUGAGGUCAAAUAGCUGGACCUUAAAAGUGACCCCUGCUCUGCCCCAGAGAGAGAAGGGGAAGGGAAAACUGGGGACCCCCCCACCCCAGAGAGGGGCAGCAGAUUUCCAGGACAAAGGUGGAUCCGGGAUCCGGCUGAUCACAGACAGAGGAGAGCAGGAGAAGGCAGGUCCCCGUCCACAUGAAGUUGCACGAAACCAGCGUCCUGGGCUACUCCCGCGUGGCGGCGCCCCCCGACCGGCAGGGGCGGCUGUACAAGAAGAGCGAACGCAGCAGCAGCUACCAGCGGCGCUGGUGCGAGUUACGGGGGAACCUGCUCUUUUACUGGGAGCGGCAGGGGGACCGCGAGCCGCUGGGGCUGAUCCUGCUGGAGGGCUGCACCGUGGAGCUGCAGGAAUCCGCCACGGAGCCUUUCACCUUCGAGAUCUCCUAUUCCCACGGGCCGCCGGGCCACCGGGCUUACAAGAUGGCUGCUGAAGACCAGGCCUCCAUGGAGGGCUGGGUGCGGGCUCUGAGCACGGCCAGCUUCAACUACCUGCGGGCCCUGUUGACAGAUCUGGAGGGACAGUACCGGGCCAGCGGGGCCCUCGGGGCGACAGCCCUGGAAGAGAGGGCUGCGCAGCGCAGCCCAUUGGUGGCAGAAGUGGGAUUGCCAGACUUUGAGGGGCUUCACCGCCAGUUCGGGGAGGAGAUUAUGAAACUGAAGGCGAGGUGGAGGGAGGGGAGAGCAGGCGGGGACCAGACAGUGCAGGGGGACCUGAUUGAUUUGUAGUAGGAGUAGGGAAAGGAGGCAAGCCGGGGGAGUGGGGAACCCGGGGGCAGGCGAACAGGGGGCUGCAGGUCAGGAUUAAGGGGCACCAGCCUUGGUGGUUUGGGGUGACUGGGAAAUGGGGACAAAAUAUUUGUCAAACAUUUACACUGUGAAGAUGCCUUUACAAUAAUAAAAUUGUUCUAUCCAGGCCCUGGUACCAGCCUUGUGACU